AUGGGGGCACCUCGUGGGAAGGACCUUCAGCACUGACAGCCAUGGGGUGGGGAAGGGUCCGGCUGCGAUCCCCCAGGUGCUGGAGGGGCUGCCUUGAGCCCACAGAAGCCUCAGCACCCACCUGGUGAAGCCAUCGUGUCACCACCAUCCCACUGAGCCCUGGGGAGGCGGGGAGCAGGCAGCAGGAUCCUGCCAGGACAGAGCAAACAGCAGCACGGUUUGGAUUUCUAUCUGUAAUAUUCUUCAUCCUUUUCCCUACAGCAAGAGCUGCACCUGAGGAAGAGCAACUUUCCGUUGGCUAUUUUCAGAAGAAUAUGGUCUAUGGCAACGACCAGCACGCAGAACACGUUUACGUUAAGGUGUUCACCAACAGCCCAACCCUGGUGUGUAUGGAUUUGACUCUUUCUCAAGAUGAAGUAAUAGAUCCCAGGUACUCGUGGACCGGCCCAGAUGGGAGGAAUUUAGAAGGGCAAGGAUACGUGAACCUCACAAGCUCUGGGGAGCUGGUGCUGCUGGGCUUCCAGGAGUCCAUGUCUGGAGCCUACAACAUACAGGGAAGCCAACCACGUGUACCAGGUCUCGGUCCGUUUCACUUCGAAGGGAUGCGAGCUGGCAGCCAACGCACGGUUUGUGGAGGAGCUGAAGAAGAUCCUGGAGGAUCUCAUCUCCGAGCUGCUGAGCCGCGUGGAGCAGCUCUCGCACCGCUGCCAUUCCCUCGAGGUUCCCCACCGGGGCUCCCCGAGCGAACUCUUCAUCACUUUUCAGGUGAAUCCCUUUGCUCCGGGAUGGGAAGAUCUCUGCAGCCGCCUCCCUCAGGACUGCGAGGGCACCGCGAACCACAGAGCUCAGCAGGCAAAAGAGCGAAUAGGAGAGUUUUUCAGGAAGCAGACUUACGCUCUGAAGCACCAAUUUCAGACCAUUCCUGCCAUCCAUUACGUGGAGGGCAGCUUCUCCGUGACCCCCAUCGACAGCUGCCGCCCAGGAUUUGGGAGGAACACCGUCACCCACCGGAGCUGUGCCGGCUGCUGCGUGGUGUGCAGCCCUGGGACGUACAGCCCGGACAGCGCUGGCAGCUGCAGGCUGUGUGUGAGGCAGCGCGCUGCGCGGUACGGAGCCAAGUCCUGCCCAUGAAUGUGGCACAGAACGCAGAAACAAGAGGUGUGAAAGCGUCGUCGGCCUCCUGGCUCCUCUUCGUGCUGAGCUCCUGGUCCUGGAACUCUACAUGUCGUUUGAGCAGCAGCUGAGCUCCUCUGCUCGCAGCCCUCCUGCGUUUCCUGCAUUAAAUGGGGUGUUUGUUCAGGGUAAAGCAAUCGCUGUGUGUCACAGAGCUGCUGCUGCUCCCUGGGCUGAUCCCAAACACCAAGCUGCAUCUGGGGGCACGGAGGGAUCCUGGCAGCAGAGCAGGACGGGGUCGUGUGUGUCAGAAUGAGAAGUUCCUCAGGGGUGAAGCACCAAAUCCUCGCUGUUUAGGAACACAAACAGGUUUCUCUUGGUUUUCCCCUUUUCUUUACAUCCUGAAGGUUUUGUUCUGCCCAGGUCUGGGUGGUUCCUUGGGAAACCACUGCUGAUGCUGCGGGGCCUUCAAACACUGUGCAUCCGCCGACCGUGGGGAGGGGCUCUGAGAUGGGCCUUAAUGAAUUCGGCCCUAACGAGCUCUGCAGUGCAGGUGGGAGAUGAAGAACAUGAUGCCCUUAUGGCUCAGCCUUUCUGUCAGGAAGGAGCGGCGCAGCAGAGGGAAGGAGGGAGAUUGGACAUCCAGGGAGGGACGGAUGGAGGUUCCUGAGCCUUCUCCACUAGGUGCUGCUGCAUCCUCUCCUCCUCCAUCCAAGUAUGGGAGGCACAGCCCCACUCACUGCACGGCAGCUGUGAGCUCCUGGGUUCGGCAGCGGGUCGAGAUAAGAGCUCCCAAAGCACUGAGAUAACCGGGGAGCUCAGCUCAGCAGAGAUUUGCUCCUGCCCGCUUUGGACGGGGAGCUGCUGUAUCUGCAAUCGAUUGUUUUGCUCAUUAAGCAGCAUUAGGACAGAUUCGACUCCAGUGCUUUCAGUCCAUCCCCAGCAGUGCUGCCUUCCCACCCAUCCCACGCAGCGCGGAGCUCCAGCAGCCGUUCAUCAGAGCUGCCGCCCUCCCGUUUGCCCCUCAACCUCCCCAGGGGGCACAGAGUUGCUCCCAGCCCCUUCUGCUCCCCGCUGUGGCACAGCUGAGGUCCCACCACGCGCAGGGCAGCGGCCCCAGCUCAGAGCACGGAGCUCUGUGCCGUCAGCCUGGCUCUGCGCUGCUCCAUCCCACACAGAUGAGCGGCUCCCUCUGGGUGACCGCAUCGUCCCGCAGCACCCAGAAAUCCCUCUGUGGGUAUUCAUCCAAAAACCGACCAGAUUCCGCCCGGUUCAGCUUAUCUGUGCUGACAGCCGGGCAGCAGAAGGCUGUGUGGGCACAGACCGUGCUCAGAGCUUUUCGGAAUCAUCGCUCAUGAAGUGCUGAUGGAUAAGAUGUGCAUCUGAACAGCCCGUGGGGUGGCUGCUCCCACAGCCAACUGGACCCCAGUGCUGCCUGGGGGGACGCAGCAGAAGGGCUCUGCUCCCUGCACUCCUCUUUGCCAGCAGAGGAAUGUCGCAGCCAUCAGCUGUUAGGUGAAGAAGCAGCAGGCGGGCACUGAGCACCAUUCAGUGCUCACCACCCUCUCCUCCAACCCAUUUUAAGGCAGUGGGGUUGGAACAAAAUCCCGCAGCAGUUUAGCCUUAAGACCGUGGAAAAGUGAAUCAAAGCUUUUGGCUUCGGAGGGGUCUGUGCCAUCAGACCAGUGCAGGACACAGUGCACACCUACAGGACGGAACCUUUUCUCUUCCACAACCUCAACAGCUCCCAAAGGGGGUCCCAGCCCCCCCAGGCUCUCCUGAAACCCGGCCUGGGGUGAGGAUGGGGGAGCCCUGAUGGCAAACAGAUGGACGUGAGCUGCAGGAAGAUGACGGAGGCUUCAUCCCUGCCACCAGCUGGGGCAGCCUGCCCAAAACCUCCCCGUGUCCCCGCAGAAAGGCUCCAGAAUCCUCCUAAAACCCUCCCCAAAAAUCCCCUCCAGAACUUCCCCUAAAAUCUCCCCCCAAAAUCUCCCCAUAAUCCUCUCCAAAUCCGCUCCAAAUCUUCCCCAAAUUCUACCCAAAUCUCCCCAAAACCUCCCAGGAAUCUCCCCAAUUCACCCCCACCGUUCUCCCCAGAGCUCUGCCCAAAUCCUCCCCCAAAUCACCCCCAGACCUCCCCCCUGGCCCCACAGUGCUCUCAGCCCCCUGCCUGCCUGCGUUUUCC